AUGGCGCCCGCAAAAUCCAAGGCCCAGAAGAUGUCCAUUGGGACCUUCUUGGCUGAUGAGAGCCUUGGCUCUUGGGCCGACGAAAUGGAGGAUAUGCCUCUCCCCAGUGGCCCUCCUACUUCCAGCUUUGGUUCUCGCCCCGCCGGAGGCAUGGGUUUCGGUGGUAGCAGCUUUGGCGGCGGAAUGUCCGACCGCAUCGAGCGCGGCGGAUACGCCGUUCGAGAGCCCCUCCCUCUCCCCACCGAGCCGCCUUUCACCUGCCACGUCGGCAACCUGUCCUUCGAUGCGACUGCCGAUGAUAUCUCCGAUCUGUUUGCUGGAUGCGGUGUGACCAACGUCAGAAUCGUCGAGGACAAGUUGACCAAGGCUCCCAAGGGAUUCGGAUAUGUGGAGUUCGAGACAGUGGAUGGCCUGCAGAAGGCCCUGGACCUCUCCGGCACUACUCUGCAGGGACGAACCAUCCGUACCAGUAUCGCUGAGCCUCCCAAGGAGUCUCGCCUCGAAGGCCGUGAUCUCGACUGGACUCGCCGUGGUCCCCUUCCCCCGCCCCCCGAGCGCCGUGUCCCCGAUCGUGCUAGCUUUGGUCGUAACAUGGAUGCCGCAUCAGAUGCCGGCAGUGAGCGUGGUGGCCGACGCAACAACUUCGAAUCCGAUGGAAAGUUCCGCGACUUCAGCAACUGGGAGCGCAAGGGUCCCCUUUCUCCCCCCGCUGGGGCUCCUCCUCGCGAGGGUGGCCGUCCUCACCACAACGACGAUGGUGGUUCUUUCCGGAGGAACUCGCCUGCUUGGGGUGAGGGUCGCUCGCAGGAUGGCUCGCGCCCGCCGCGCCCAGAGCGCCCGGAGCGUGCCCCUACUGCUGCCGAGAUGGACAACCAGUGGCGUAGCUCGAUGCGCCCAGACCAAGAGAAGAAGGAGCCUACUUCCCCCGCUGCUCCCGCUACCCGCCCUAAGUUGAACCUCGCCAAGCGUACCGUAGCUGAGGCUCCCUCCACUCCUGCCGGUGGUGGUGACUCGAAGGCCAGCCCCUUCGGUGCGGCCCGUCCUAUUGAUACCGCUACUCGUGAGCGUGAAGUUGAGGAGAAGCGCCAACUUGCGGUCCGCCAGAAGAAGGAACAGGAGGAGAAGCAGCCCAAGUCCGAAAAGUCCGAUAAGCCGAAGCAGCCCAAGGAACAUACCAAGGAGCAGACCAAGGAGCAGACCAAGGAGCAGACCAAGGAGCAGACCAAGGAGCAGACCAAGGAGCAAACCAAGGAGACCAAGCCUGGAACCGACUCCAACAAGGAUGCUGUUGAGCCUCCUCGUGGCGGAGGCAACUUCGAGAUCCUCCGGCGGGCCGGUGGUGACGACAGUGGAAUGACUGCUGACCAGGAGCCCGAGCAGGCUAAUGCUGCUGAGGCUGCUGAGGCUCCGAAGGAGGCCGCCUCCAAUGGCAACUGGCGCACCGCCGAAGCCCCCGCUGAUGACAACGAUGGCUGGAGCACCGUCGGUGCCAAGCCUCGCAACAACCGUCGCGGUGGCCGUGGUUUCUAA